AUGGAUUGGCAUCUCGUGCAGUGGGUUGCUAUGCUACGCAAGCCAACUGCGCGAGAAGCCAUCACGACUUUUCUUCUGCUGCUGCCCUUGUUUACCUCGAUUCUGUAUCGACUCUACGCAAAGAUUCGAAGACGAGAUGGCCGUUCAGUGGGUCUUCAGAUCCUCUCCGAUGAAUACAACGAUGACCAAGUCAAAUAUGAGAUCAUUGCUGUACAUGGCCUUGGGGCUAACCCUGAGCACACCUGGACUUGCAAACCCAACUCAAAGUCCAAAACCAGCGACUCUCAGAAGCCCGUUCAUUUGCUUAAAGAUUUGCUCAUGAAAGAUGAGCGAUUUUCGGAUGCACGAAUUCUCCAUUUUGCCUACAAUUCGGACUGGCUUGUUGAUGCCUGCUUUGAAUCGGCUCGUGACAUUGGACUUCGUCUCAUAGAAUCCGUGAUUGAACACAGAAAGACUCAUCUUCGACUCCCUCUGAUCUUUGUCGGACAUAGCUUUGGCGGAAUAGUCAUUAAAGAGGCAUUAUCUAGCGACUUAAAAGAUACUGAACGAAUAGUAGAGGACACAUGCGGUAUCAUCUUCUUGGGUACGCCUCAUUUAGGCAGCCCAAUCGCUGGCUUUGGAGCCACCCUUGCCUACCUCACUGGCUUCUUAGGGUCAAACACUGGCUUGCUACUCUUACUCCGAAGCAAUGGCGAAAUGCUUGUGAAUUUGAGUAUAGCAUUCCAAAGUUGCUUAGAAAGAAAAUACCAAGAUCUGGAUAAGAAGACCAAAAUUGUUUCGAUCUGCGAGCAGAAGCCCACAUAUUUGAUGAAUUGGCUUUACGCAGGCUUGAUUGUCCCAUUAGCUUCGGCAACAUUCGGUACGAACUUUAUGGAGGUUUUCAAAGUCGACAAAGACCACUCUGGACUGAACAAAUGUUUCAACUUAGAAGAUCCCCUUUAUAAAGUGCUUACAGCCCAACUACACAAGAUCCGGCCUACCGCGCCACCUAAAAUUAAUACGCUUCAACAAGCCGUCCUCGACCGUUUGAUGCCCGUUACUGCCGCUGAUGCAGAGUUUCACCCUGGACUCGACGAAUACGGAAGAGCUCUUUCAGAGUGCCUCCCUCAAACUAGAGAAGAGAUACUGAAAGACAUUUGCGACUGGCUCGAUGACAGCACUUCGUUGCAAAAACAUCUCUACUGGCUUCAAGGCAAAGCCGGCACGGGGAAAUCUACUAUUGCGCGCACUAUUGUCAGCAGGAUGGCUAGACAGAACCGCAUCGCUGCCAAUUUCUUUUUCAAAAGAGGUGGAGGCGAUCGAGCUAGACUUAAGCGAUUCUUUACGACUCUGGCAGCUCAGCUUGUGAGGCAAUGGCCUAGCUUCGCUAAAGCUGUCCAAGAGGCUUUGGAGUCCGACCCUUCGCUUCCGGAACAAGACCCAAGGAUUCAAUUCGAGAAAUUGAUUCAGGAACCUUUGAGGAAACAAGAACACAAGAAGUCUAAAGUUAUAAUGAUUGUCGUCGACGCUCACGACGAAUGUGAUUUAAGUGAGGAUCUAACUAGCCUGGUUCAGCAGCUCACGCAAUCACAGGAUGGUCACUCCACUCAACCUCUAGUCAAGUGUUUUCUGACUAGCCGCUUAUAUCAUCAUACGCAAUAUAGUUUCAAUAGCAUCUCCGAGAAGAGAUGUGAGAAGAAGGAGCUUGAAAAAGCCACAUCGGCAACUAUCAGGUCAGACAUUGAACGUUACCUGCGGGAUGAGUUGGAAAAGAUCGAUGGCCUUUUAGAUCCGCUUCCAGGGGGUGAUCUAUGGUCCAAUCCCUCUGAUGUGGAAAAUCUCAAGAAACUUACAGAACGAGCCUGUCCGUUAUUUGAAUUCGCUGCUUUUUCUACUCGUUUUAUUAAACAAACAAACAUGCCGGGAGGACCGCGAGGCCGCCUCCAUUACAUAUUGGAAACUCAAAUUUCCGGCGACCUCAACGACUUAUAUGACUCCAUCAUAAAGCGAAGGUUCUAUGGCCUCGAUGACCAAUGCCAUGAGAAAGCAGAGGCAAAUUUUCAAAAGAUUAUUGGUUCCGUCGUUUUCUUAGCGAAUGCAGUGACAGUCAGAUGUCUAGCCGAGAUUCUCAAGCUGCCUGAGAGAGAGAUUCGCGAAGAACUGCAAACUUUUGAGUCGGUUCUUGUGGUUCCAGCAGAACAAGACGAUCAGUCGCUCAUCACAUUGUUUCACGAAUCAUUCAGAGAUUUUUUCUCUGGGUCUGGAACUACAAAGAAGUUGACAAUUAAUUAUAUAGAAGUCCAUACUAUGUUGGCAUCUCGCUGCCACCAGCUUCUAUGUGGUGCAUUGCGAGAAAACAUGUGCAAAUUAAAAAGACCCGGAACAUAUCGAAGUGAGGUUACAAAUGAAACUGUCAAUGAAUUUCUACCGCAAGAAGUACAAUACGCAUGCCGAUUUUGGAUUUUCCACGUCAAAAGGAGUCAGUCAAGCAUCAAAGAUGGCGAUAAUUGGCAUUCAUUCCUACUAUCUCAUUUCCUCCACUGGCUUGAAACACUGAGUUUGUUGGGAAGAACUUCAGAAAGUGCGUCACUGGUCAAAGAGCUGAAAACUGCCGUGCAUCCUUCCGAUGCAGUACAAGUCAAGGCAUUUCUAGAAGAUGCGGAACGACUUAUUGCCUCUUUCCGAUACGUCAUUGACGCUGUGCCAUUGCAACUCUAUAGCUCCGUUUUAACAUUUGCUCCAGCUGAAAGCCUUGUUCGAGAAAACUUUGACGCAUAUCGCACCAAAUGGAUCUCUCGUCUACCAAAUGUUGAUUCCCAGUGGAGUCCAUGUUUACAAACAUUUGAAGGACAUCCCCAUCAGGUCAAAUCUUUAUCAUUCUCACCAGACGAAACAUGGCUUGCUUCAGCCUCCUGUGAUUGCAUAGUUAAAAUAUGGGACGCUAGAAUACAUGAGUCCAAGGAGAGAAACACAUCCAUUUUCGAUACCACAGGUAUCAAGAUGCCCACGGGUGACCACUGUCUUGCUAUGAAUCAACGUCUUGCUAUGAUAUCCGCUGAAACAUCUGAAAUUCAGUUGUUGGACGAUUCUGGAAGCAAAUGGGUUGCACAACCAUUUAAAAACGCUUAUGCUAAUGUGGCAAUCUCUGCGAACGGUAACAUCUUUGGAGCAGUUUUAGACGAUAGAACGGGUAUUGAAAUAUGGGACUCAGAGUCGGGGAAUCUUUUACCUGCCCACAAUCGCUCUUCUCUCUACAUACGCUCGAUCGCCUUCUCGGCAAAUGGCGAUGAGAUGAAACAUAACCCCGAUGUUUACACUGAGGAGUUUCAUUUGAGUGUUCCUCACGAACUCCAACAUUACUUCGCUGGGGGGAAGGAGUGUCUGUUUGAGAAUGAACGGCUGUGGCAUUGGCCACUGAACACAAGCUUCAUAAAUUUCGAUUUCGCCGUGGGCACAGACUUACCGGAGCCUAAGCCGUGGGAGGAUUGUUUGGCCAAGUACUACAUCAGUCUCGACGGUGUUUGGAUCAUGAGGCAUCGUGAGAAGCUGCUAUGGAUUCUGCCGGAAUAUCGGCCAAAAGGCGCCAUUACCUCUGGAUCAAAGAUUGCAAUUGAGCGUGUAUCAGGCCACCCAUAUGUUAUAGAGCUUUUAGAUGAGGACCUUUGA